ACGUGUCACAAGAGAACACUUAGACUUAGGUGGGGCUUAUCUAUUAGUAAUACAAAAGUGGGGCCACUCUUGUUCGACUUUCGAGGUUCAAUCUUCAUUCCAUCAAUCUUCUUCUUUCUUCUACCUAUGCUCUGCUACGACUUUUAAUACCUUAACCAAAUCGAAGCUCCCUCGAAAUCAAUGGAGAUCAAACCUGGUUUAUCCGCUCUCGUCACUGGCGGCGCCUCCGGCAUCGGUCGAGCUCUCUGCUUGGCUCUUGCAGAGAAAGGUGUUUUUGUAACCGUUGUUGAUUUCUCUGAGGAGAAAGGGAAAGAGACGACUUCUCUUGUUCAAAAGGCCAAUGCUCCAUUCCAUCCCGGUUUAAACUCUCCCUCUGCUAUCUUUGUCAAAUGUGAUGUCACUAAUAGAGGAGAUCUCAUUGCUGCUUUUGACAAGCACUUGGCAACAUUUGGAACACUGGACAUCUGCAUAAACAAUGCUGGGAUUGCUAAUCCUGCAAGAUUUGAUAAAGAUGACAGUGAUGGAUCUAGAUCAUGGAGACACACUAUAAAUGUGGAUCUGGUUGCUGUAGUUGAAUCCACACAACUUGCAAUCAAAGCUAUGAAAGGCAAACAAAAGCCUGGAGUUAUCAUUAACAUGGGCUCAGCUGCUGGUCUUUAUCCAAUGUCCUUUGAUCCUAUCUACUCUGCUGCCAAAGGCGGUGUUGUAUUAUUUACUAGAUCAUUAGCACAUUUGAAGCGUCAAGGGGUCCGAAUCAAUGUGCUUUGCCCUGAAUUUAUCCAGACGGACUUAGCUGAAGCUAUUGGUGCUUCCUUCCUUCAGGCAAUAGGCGGUUACAUGCCCAUGGACAUGCUUAUUAAAGGUGCUUUUGAGCUUAUAACCGACGAGAGUAAAGCCGGUGCAUGUUUAUGGAUUAGCAACCGCAGGGGCUUGGAGUAUUGGCCGACUCCAAUGGAACAGGCAAAGUACUUGGUUGGUUCAGGUUCCCGCAAAAAAACUUCCUUUAAAGUAACUUCAACAAUUGAAAUUCCCCAAAGCUUCGAGAAGAUAAUUGUUCACGCCUUGUCUCAUAAUUUCCGCAAUGCUACCCGCAUAGUCCGGACACCACUACAGUUACCCAUUGGACCACACCAAGUUCUUCUCAAAAUCAUCUAUGCUGGUGUUAACGCAAGUGAUGUAAACUUCAGCUCAGGUCGUUACUUUAGCGGUGGCUCGCCCAAGCUUCCCUUUGAUGCUGGAUUUGAGGGAGUUGGACUAAUUGCAGCGGUGGGAGAAUCUGUUAAGAAUUUAGAAGUUGGGACUCCAGCUGCUGUUAUGACAUUUGGAGCAUAUGCUGAAUACAUGAUAGUUUCUGCUAAGCACGUGCUUCCUGUUCCAAGGCCAGAUCCAGAAGUUGUUGCCAUGCUUACUUCAGGAUUAACUGCUUUAACCGCCCUUGAAAAGGCAGGACAAAUGAAAUCAGAUGAAACAGUACUUGUGACUGCUGCUGCUGGAGGGACUGGGCAAUUUGCAGUCCAGCUUGCAAAGUUAGCCGGAAAUAAGGUGAUUGCUACUUGUGGAGGAUCAGAGAAGGCCAAGCUAUUAAAAGAGCUUGGGGUGGACCGAGUCAUUGAUUAUAAAGCCGAGGAUAUUAAGACGGUCCUGAAAAAGGAGUUUCCAAAGGGUGUGGAUAUCAUAUAUGAAUCAGUCGGUGGUAAAAUGUUUGAUCUGUGCUUGAAUGCUCUUGCUGUUUACGGACGACUCAUAGUGAUUGGAAUGAUCUCUCAGUAUCAAGGGGAGAAGGGAUGGCAGCCAGCUAACUAUCCAGGGCUGUGUGAGAAAAUUCUUGCUAAAAGCCAAACCGUGGCUGGUUUCUUUCUGGUGCAAUAUAGCCAACUCUGGAAACAAAAUCUUGACAAGUUAUUCAAUCUUUACUCCCUCGGAAAGCUUAAGGUUGGGAUUGAUCAGAAAAAGUUUAUAGGUCUAAACACUGUUUCAGACGCUGUUGAGUAUCUGCAUUCGGGUAAAAGCACCGGAAAGGUUGUCGUUUGCAUGGAUCCUACAUUUGAGCAGACAACGUCAAGGCUGUAAACGAAAACAUGGAAAAAUUCAAAUCCAGUUUGAGAUUCAGUAGUAGCUACAAAGUUGUUAAGCGUUACAUUUAAGUGUGGGGAAUAAGUUCUUUGAUCUCAUGUAGACUCUCCCGUUAAUAAGCUUUCAACUCGAUGGUCGUACGUUUGAGAGCAUUAUAUAUAGCAAAUUUGAUUCUCUUCCGUCUUUUAGAUGAUGAUGGUGAUUUACCUGAUUGGUUCCCUGAGCCUGCUAAAAGCUCUAUAUAACCUACAAAGUUGUAUUCUUCCACCUUUCAUAAGUUGUAACACAUUAUAUAAAACACAAGAAUAUAAAUGGAAUGGAAUCCUUGUAAA